AAAGCCGGAAGUGACGGAGACGAGGUAGCGCGUCGAAGGUACCUUUAUGGUUUUCCUCCCGUUCUUGAGUCGGGAAAUGGCCGCUGUGUAGUUACAACGGAGGUUAAGUCCCGGGAACCGUGCUUUGGCGUAUCAGGAAUUUGAAUUUAGAGUUUAAUAUCAGAACAUUGUCUCCGGAAAGAAUUUGACAGUAUCUCAAAGACUUCACUUGACUGCUUGAUCCUGCAUAAUAAAGCUCAAGGAGAAAAGAAAUGGGUCGCUCCAAUUCUAGAUCACAUUCUUCAAGAUCAAAGUCUAGAUCACAGUCUACUUCUCGAUCACGAUCAAGAUCACACUCUAGAAAGAAGAGAUACAGUUCUAGGUCCCGUUCCAGAACAUAUUCAAGAUCUCGUAGUAGAGAUCGUAUUUAUUCUAGAGAUUAUCGUCGAGAUUACAGAAAUAAUAGAGGAAUGAGAAGACCUUAUGGGUACAGAGGAAGGGGUAGAGGGUAUUAUCAAGGAGGUGGAGGUAGAUAUCAUCGAGGUGGCUAUAGACCUGUCUGGAAUAGAAGACACUCUAGGAGUCCUAGACGAGGUCGGUCACGUUCUAGAAGUCCAAAAAGAAGAUCUGUUUCUUCUCAGAGAUCCCGAAGCAGAUCUCGCCGGUCAUAUAGAUCCUCUAGGUCUCCAAGAUCUUCCUCUUCUCGUUCUUCAUCCCCGUAUAGCAAAUCACCUGUCUCUAAAAGACGAGGGUCUCAGGAAAAACAAACCAAAAAAGCUGAAGGGGAACCCCAAGAAGAGAGUCCUUUGAAAAGUAAAUCACAGGAAGAACCGAAAGAUACAUUUGAGCAUGACCCAUCUGAAUCUAUUGAUGAAUUUAAUAAGUCAGCCACAUCUGGUGAUAUUUGGCCUGGCCUUUCAGCUUAUGACAAUAGUCCCAGAUCACCCCAUAGUCCUUCACCUAUUGCUACACCACCUAGUCAGAGUUCAUCUUGCUCUGAUGCCCCCAUGCUCAGUACGGUCCACUCUGCAAAAAACACCCCCUCUCAGCAUUCACAUUCCAUUCAGCAUAGUCCUGAAAGAUCUGGGUCUGGUUCUGUUGGAAAUGGGUCUAGCAGAUACAGUCCUUCUCAGAAUAGUCCAAUUCAUCACAUCCCUUCACGAAGAAGUCCUGCAAAGACAAUCACACCGCAGAAUGCGCCAAGAGAUGAGGCUAGGGGACGUUCCUCGUUUUAUCCUGAUGGUGGAGAUCAGGAAACAGCAAAGACUGGAAAGUUCUUAAAAAGGUUCACAGAUGAAGAGUCUAGAGUAUUCCUGCUUGAUAGGGGUAAUACCAGGGAUAAAGAGGCUCCAAAGGAGAAAGGAUCAGAAAAAGGGAGGGCAGAGGGAGAAUGGGAAGAUCAGGAAGCUCUAGAUUACUUCAGUGAUAAAGACUCUGGAAAACAAAAAUUUAAUGACUCAGAAGGGGAUGACACAGAGGAGACAGAGGAUUAUAGACAGUUCAGGAAGUCAGUCCUUGCAGAUCAGGGUAAAAAUUUUGCUACUACAUCUCACCGGAAUGCUGAGGAGGAAGGACCCAAGUACAAGUCUAAAGUUUCACUGAAAGGCAAUAGAGAAAGUGAUGGAUUUAGAGAAGAAAAAAAUUAUAAACUUAAAGAGACUGGAUACGUAGUGGAAAGGCCUAGCACUACAAAAGAUAAGCACAAGGAAGACGACAAAAAUUCUGAGAGAAUAACAGUAAAGAAAGAAACUCAGUCACCUGAGCAGGUAAAGUCUGAAAAGCUCAAAGACCUCUUUGAUUACAGUCCCCCUCUACACAAGAAUCUGGAUGCACGAGAAAAGUCUACCUUCAGAGAGGAGAGCCCACUUAGGAUCAAAAUGAUAGCCAGCGAUUCUCAUCGUCCUGAAGUCAAACUCAAAAUGGCACCUGUUCCUCUUGAUGAUUCUAACAGGCCUGCUUCCUUGACUAAAGACAGGCUACUUGCUAGUACACUUGUCCAUUCUGUCAAGAAAGAGCAAGAAUUCCGAUCCAUCUUUGACCACAUAAAGUUGCCACAGGCCAGCAAAAGCACUUCAGAGUCGUUUAUUCAACACAUUGUGUCUUUGGUUCAUCAUGUUAAAGAGCAGUACUUCAAAUCAGCUGCCAUGACCCUAAACGAGAGGUUCACUUCGUAUCAGAAAGCCACUGAAGAACAUAGUACCCGGCAAAAGAGCCCUGAGAUACACAGGAGAAUUGACAUCUCUCCAAGUGCCCUGAGGAAGCACACCCGUUUAGCAGGAGAAGAGAGAGUUUUUAAAGAAGAAAAUCAAAAGGGAGAUAAAAAACUAAGGUGUGAUUCUGCUGAUCUUCGGCAUGACAUUGAUCGUCGUAGAAAAGAAAGAAGUAAAGAACGAGGGGAUUCCAAGGGCUCCAGGGAAUCCAGUGGAUCAAGAAAGCAGGAGAAAACUCCAAAAGAUUACAAGGAAUACAAAUCUUACAAAGAUGACAGUAAACAUAAAAGUAGAGAGCAAGAUCAUUCUCGAUCUUCAUCCUCUUCAGCAUCACCUUCUUCUCCCAGUUCUCGAGAAGAAAAGGAGAGUAAGAAAGAAAGAGAAGAAGAAUUUAAAACUCACCAUGAGCUGAAAGAAUACUCAGGCUUUGCAGGAGUUAGCCGACCGAGAGGAACCUUUUUUCGAAUUAGAGGCAGAGGAAGAGCCAGAGGAGUUUUUGCUGGGACAAAUACUGGUCCAAACAACUCAAAUACUACUUUUCAAAAGAGACCGAAGGAAGAGGAAUGGGAUCCAGAAUAUACCCCAAAGAGCAAGAAGUACUUCUUGCAUGAUGACAGAGAUGAUGGUGUGGAUUAUUGGGCUAAAAGAGGAAGAGGUCGUGGUACUUUUCAACGUGGCAGAGGGCGCUUUAACUUCAAAAAAUCAGGUAGCAGUCCGAAGUGGACUCAUGACAAAUACCAAGGGGAUGGGAUUGUUGAAGAUGAAGAAGAAACCAUGGAAAAUAAUGAAGAGAAGAAGGACAGACGCAAAGAAGAAAAGGAAUAGUAAAUCUGAAGUAAGAUUACAGCAGAGAACAGAACUUAACACCCACCAUUUUAUUUUUAAACCUGAUUUUUGUUUUCAAAUAAGAAUGUAAGCAUUUCACUUAAAUUUAACUGUUUGCAAGUAGUCUAUAGAUAUUUUGUUUUAAGUCUUUAAAUAUCUUGAAAAAUAGUAGACUGUAUGUUGAAAAUUGUACUGAAAUAAAGUAGAAAAUUGUUAACGUACCAUAUUUGUAACUAUCAACUUAAAAAAACUUUUGCUGUUUUUGUUACAUGCAUUGUAAUUCUGCUUUGUCUAUAAGAUACGGUCAAGUACAGCUCUGUGAAAAGUUCUGAUUCUCUUUCCUCCCUGUUAAUGUUUUAUUCUGAAGUAAACUUUAGCUCUACAUACAAAUAAAUCUCUGAACAGAAAUUGCUUGUAGAGACCACACUUUUAUCUGUGUACAUCUGUUUAACAUUUUUCUUAAUUUGAACACACUACACCGUAGGGUGACUAAUUUUUGAAGUGUACCACAGAACAAGUUGUUAAGUUGAUAAACUAAGCUAGUUUAACACUUCAGGUGUUUAGAAGGGGAAAAAAAGCUUUGCCAAUAACUAAAAAGUACAAGCUAUUAAAAGUUAGAUUGAAAAGUUUGAGAGAAUUUUUUUUGUUUACUGAAAGCAAGCACUGACCUAUAAACAUUGUUAGGAGCUUUUCCUAUUUGGGUUCAAAAUUCAGUGUUCUUUUUCCAUUUUUAUUUGAAAGUUUGAGUCAUGGUCUUAGAUAUCAGCUAUUCUUUGAUAGAGGAAACUGGCUUGCAGUGAUACUGCAAAAAAAAAAAAUGUCAUUCCUACUGAAUGUCUUAGUAGUAACAAAACCAAAACAACAAAAUUUGUUAUCUUGUUAUGGAGGAGGAAUAUCCUGCAGAAUAAUUUGAUACAUUAUAACCACGUAGCUGAUUUCAUAUCUUACCUGUGUAUUUGGACUUUAAAACAGGUGAAACAUGGGUUUGUAGUCUAACCAUAAGAAGUUGCUGAAACAAAGCUUACUCUUAUUCAUUAGUAUUUUAAGUACUUGUUUUUCAAAUGUCAUCAAUAAAAAGUUUUGGUAGGAAGCUUGUUGCAGCAUUGCUCUAACUUGAUUUUUAUUUUUUUUCCUAUUUCAUUUGCAGUUUGUAAACUGCCGCGUCCCCCCAAGUGUUCUAUUCUUCAGGUGGAUAAUCUUUCAAAUGUGAAUUACCUUUGAUAUUUAUAGCUCUUAAAAGAAUGAAAGUCUGAAAUAGUAAAUUUUAGUGUUAAGUUUGUCUGCUUUAUGAGCAUAUGUAAGACAACUCAGAUUUCACUUGUUAAUUCAACUGAAUUAGUUCUGUGUUUACGUUAAAAAAAGACAUUGCUUAUUCUGUUAAUGUAAACUUUUAAAGAUUGUAAACGUAUGACUCUUUUCAUCCUCACAUUUGAUCAUUUGCAGUGCUUCUAGCACCUUGAUUCUGGCAGGAGCAUUUAAAAGGUACUGCGGGAAAAACUAAACAAAACCCAAUAUAUGUGAUGUUUAUGGCCAUAAGAUCUUACUUUUACAUGAUUUCCCCUAUUAAUUUUGCCAUUCUGAAUAUGUUCUGGAAUUGUUAAAGUGGUGGAAAUACCUUCAAAGAAUGUGUAUGGCAUUAAUCAGGAAGUAACUAAUAUUUGCCUGUUCAGAUCAGUACUUAUAUAUGUUUUAAAGCAACAUAGAUGUGAUCCUCAACACAGGAUAAUUUUAUGACUUUUAUGCAAAUUAGCUUUUAUUUUUACAGUCACUGUAUGGUUAGAAAAUUAAUCUCUAUGCAUGACUAUAAAUAUGCUGUUUUGCUUUUCGGCUUCAGUCUAUAGGAAAAAGUGGAUUUGUUGAGAAAUUAUUUAAGAGGAAGUGGGGAUAAAGUUACCCAAGUCCUGUGGGCAGGUUAUAUUUUAAGUACAAAUGAAUUGCUUUAAAUAUAACAUGAUUUGGUUAGCUUUACUCUCUUAAACAUUUAUAAUUGAGAAAAGAGUAUCCUACCAGAAUAUAGUAGGACAGAAUGAUUGUGAGAACUCUCAGUUGAAUGCCCUUCUGGAUGUUGCUGUUACCCUUUUCAGAGCCAAGGAUAUAAAAAGUAGCUUGUGUGUAUUUUUUUAAAUCAUAAUUUAUCUUCACACUUUGAUACGUUAAAAGCUGAAUAGUUCCUCUUGCUAAGAUGUUACCUGUUUUUAAGUGCCAGGAUAUACUCUGUUACCUGCAUUGACAGACUUCCUUUUGCCUAGAGAAGGGAAAUAAAAAUGAACCAAAGGAUAUAUC